AUGGAUCAAUUGGAAAUCAGUGUUAAGACGGAGAUUGAACCUUCUCCUUUAAAUAAUCCCGAUUUAAUCGUUAUUGAUGGGAAACAAGUCAGUAGAACCUCCAUGGGUAAAAGAAAAUUUCAUAAUAAAUCAAAGACAGGUUGUGAUAAUUGUAAAAGACGUAGAGUUAAAUGUGAUGAAGGUAAACCAACUUGUAAAAAAUGCGAUAAUAUGAAAUUAGAUUGUAUAUAUUCUCCUCCAAAACAAAGAAAGAGGAAAAGAACAGCAAAAUCUGAUGGGUCAGUAACUAAACCAUCAAGAUCUAAUUCUAAUGAUGCAACGAAAGCUAGUGUGAAUACUACUACUACUUCCACCAAGAAAAUUUUUUCAUCAUCAACAAAAAGUGCAAACCAAUCUGCAUCCUUUAAGACGAAUAAUUCUAAUGGUUCUUUGAAUAUUUUAGAAAAUUUAAAAUUAAUUCAAGAUCAAGAACCAUUACAACAAUUGCAACAAUUACAAAAAUUACAAUUCAUGCAACAACAAUUACAAAACGAGAAAAUGAUAAAUGGUUUACCACAACGUAAUAAUAACAAUAAUAAUGGAAACAAUCCUCUAAGUAAUAGUAAUAGUAAUAGUACAAAUAAUUUAGCAGCUUCACUAUUGGGGCUUGCAAACAAUGCUAGCAAUAGUCCAAAUGGUUUACUUUUGCCACCAUUGAUUACAGGGAGUAAUAGCCAUGCUGGAACAGUUAGUAGUGGAAACACAGGGUCUGAACCUUCAAUGUUUUCUGCUACAAAUUCAACAAAUACACCACAAUAUUCUGGUACGAUAGGCAAUAGUACCGAUAGAUUCAUGAAUAUGCAAGGCACAUACAGUCCCAAAUUACAAUCUGUUGGAAUGGCUGCGUCAAAUAGUUUAAAUUUUUUAUUAUCCCCAAACAGAUCAAAUACAAACCAGUCUUCAAAUUCAUUGACAGUCGGUGUAAAUCAAUUAAGCAUGCAGAAUGAUACUCAAAUGUUAUUACAACAACAACAGCAGCAGCAACAAUCACAGCAACAACAACAACAACAACAACAACAGCAACAGUCUUCUCUUGCAGGAUUAGCAAAUAUUAAUAUGCCUUUCAAUAUCGAAGCAUUAUCUCAAUUAAACAAAUUAAAUAUUAAUUUGAAAAAUAUUUUACCAACAUUGGCAAAUCAAGGCAUUGAUGCUACAAGUAUGUUAGCAAGUACAGGUUUUAAUUUGAACUCUCUACCAUUUGACUUCCAAGAAUUGUUAGGAAAUAAAUAUAGCUUGAGUGGUGGCCAAAAUAAUAAUACCAGCAAUUCAAACGUAACAAGAGCUGCAAAAGCAAAUAAUGCCGAAGAAGCCUUAGCAGGUAUGCAACAGCAACAACAACAACGAGUUAACAAGAUUCUAGAAUUGAAACAAAUCUUACAACAGACAAAACAGCAAAACAAUUCGAGAGAGGAAGAAAAAUUGUCAAAGAAUGCAAAUAUAUUGUCUACAUUAGACUCUAUGAAUCCACUAUUAAAGACUUCAUUAGAAAAUGCCCUCAAUAUUGAAAAAACAUCCCCAAGAGACUCUCUUACUUCAAGUCCAAAGGGCCUAGAUAAGACAGAUGGUGACCAAAAUGAAAGCCCAAUGACAACAUCUUCAAACAAUUCCUAUGGUAUUGGAAUAGGAGCAAAGACAUCAAAAUUAGUAGAAAUGUCAAACUCAUCAAGUUUAAAUCUGGUGGACUUGAAAUUGUUCCAUCAUUACUGUACUACAGUAUGGAAAACAAUCACAGAUGCUGGUAUAUCAGGCCCUGAAGUAUGGAAGACAUACAUUCCAGAAUUAGCUUUUGAGUAUCCAUUUUUAAUGCAUACAAUUCUUGCAUUUAGCGCUACACAUUUAUCUAGGACAACACCUGGCCUUGAGGACUAUGUUUCUGAACAUCGUUUAAAUGCAUUAAAACUGCUACGUGAAGCCGUUUUGGAAAUAUCAGAUGAUAAUACUGACGCCUUAGUAGCAUCUGCAUUGAUCUUAAUUAUGGAUUCUCUGGCUAAUGCUCUGAACUCUACAGAAGGGAACACAUCUGCUUGGAUCUUCCAUGUUAAAGGUGCCGUGACUAUUUUGACCGCAGUUUGGCCAUUACCUGCUAAUUCCAAGUUUUCGAACAUUAUAUCUGUAGACUUAAGUGGAUUUAGUAGUGAGGUCAACAAAGAAAAUGGUGCAAUUUCUGACCUUGUUUGUUUUGACGAGAGUAUUUCUGAUUUAUAUCCAGUGGAAGUGGAUUCUCCAUAUUUUGUUACAUUAGCAUACCUGGAUCAAUUACACAGGGAAAAGAAUCAAUUAGAUUUUAUUCUUAGAGUAUUUGCCUUCCCUGCCUUAUUGGAUAAAACAUUUUUGGCUCUAUUAAUGACUGGUGAUUUAGAUGCAAUGAGGAUUAUGAGAAGUUAUUACAAAAUGUUACAUAAUUUCACAACCGAGGUAAAGGACAAAAUUUGGUUCUUAGAAGGUGUAUCACAUGUCUUACCACAAGAUGUUGAUGAAUAUAAUGGAGGUGGCGGUAUGCAUAUGAUGCUGGACUUUUUAGGUGGUGGAUUACCCUCAAUGACGACUACCAAUCUUUCUGAACUUAUGUAG